AUGUCUGGCUCUAUCCUUUGUGUGGCCACGAUUACCUCGUAUACCGAGGCAAUGACGAGACGUCAGCUGGCAGCUGGGACUUCCUGGAACUUGUGGGUGUCACAGAAAAAUAGCGUCAGCGUUCCAGAUAUCCAGCAAUGUCAAAAUCUACUUGUGAGCGGAAACAACCCAAUCCCAGACUCGCAUAUCACUGCCAGUAGUUCCUUCGCCAUGUUCGGUUUCACGCCCCAACAUUCCCGCCUCACUAACGAUGCGUCUUCUGGAACCCUUGGUGGAUGGGCCGUGGAUGGUGGAAGUAUUAACACCAAUCAAUGGCUUCAGUUCGAUCUGGGUUCAAAGCAUGUGAUCACAGCUGUUGUUACCAAAGGAAGAGCUUUGGACGGCCACAACCACUACCAGUGGGUGACCUCUUAUAAACUGCACUUCAGCAGCGAUGCGGUGACAUGGACAACCUACCAAACUGAAUGUGGCAGUGACGUGGUGUUUCAGGGCAACACAGAUACCAAUACUCUGAAACAGAAUACGUUGCAGGGUCUGAACAAGAUGAUGCCCGUCAUAUUCGCACGGUACGUCCGCAUUAACCCACAGACAUUUCAUAACUACCCUACAAUGAGAGGCGAUGUUUUGGGUUGUGUUUUAGGGACGUAG